UGCGGGUAAACAGACAUGGCCGGCGAGAGAGACCCGCAGGACGCUGCGCACAACAUGGGCAACCACCUGCCGCUCCUCCCUGGUAACCUCCCGGGGCCGGUCCCCGGCGGCGGGACGGGGCGAGGCGAGGCGAGGCGAGUGACUUUCUUUUUCUGUUUUCAGAGAAAGUUUCAUUGUGCAAAUUUGACUUCAUGGCCUCGCUGGCUGUAUUCCUUAUAUGAUGCUGAAACUUUAAUGGAUAGAAUCAAGAAACAGCUACAUGAAUGGGACGAAAAUCUAAAAGAUGAUUCUCUUCCUUCAAAUCCAGUAGACUUUUCUUACAGAGUAGCUGCUUGUCUUCCUAUUGAUGAUGUAUUAAGGAUUCAGCUCCUUAAAAUUGGUAGUGCCAUCCAACGACUUCGCUGUGAACUAGACAUUAUGAAUAAAUGUACGUCUCUUUGCUGUAAACAAUGUCAAGAAACAGAAAUAACAACCAAAAAUGAAAUAUUCAGUUUAUCCUUAUGUGGACCAAUGGCAGCUUAUGUGAAUCCUCAUGGAUAUGUGCAUGAGACACUUACGGUGUAUAAAGCUUGCAACUUGAAUCUGAUAGGCCGGCCUUCUACAGAGCACAGCUGGUUUCCUGGGUAUGCUUGGACUAUCGCCCAGUGUAGGAUCUGUGCAAGCCAUAUUGGAUGGAAAUUUACAGCCACCAAAAAAGACAUGUCACCUCAAAAAUUUUGGGGUUUGACUCGAUCUGCUCUGUUGCCCACAAUCCCAGACACUGAAGAUGAGAUAAGCCCCGACAAAGUAAUACUUUGCUUAUAAACAAAUAUGGUAGAGAUAAAGUUAUUUAUCUAGUUGGUCUUGUAAAAUCAGAUCUGCUUUGGAAAUUACUGCUUUUGACGCAUACCUAAGUAAAAAGCAACAUUAUGUGGAAGGUUGCAGUUUCUUAGUCAAGGGUUUUUGAAGAUUUAAAUUAAAAUAUACUAUUGAAAAGGCUGAAAAGCAGUCUAGAAAACUUGGGUUUUUAGGAAUAUCUAGCUUGAUACCAUUAUAUUCGGACCUGCUAGGAUACGAAGACCUCUCUGAAAGGGAGGAGAUGGGUUUUCCUGCACCAAACAUAUUUGUAAUUCCCCUAACUCGAGGUUAAUCAUUUGCUCCUGAUACAUGGAACCAACAGCAAGUUUUUAGAAGUUCCCAAAGCUAGGGUGCCAAGUACAUGUUCCCUUUGAAAUAGGCAAAGGCUUUAAUUUUCUUGAGUUUCUCUCCUAUUGAUUUGUAAAUUUUGAAAAUAUUAAAGAGUUAAAAUACAGUUUGAGCCCCAAAAUAGUGUUCAUUUCCUUAUGUAUUUGCUGAGUGUGUCUGAACACCCUGCUUAUUCUGUUCCAAAUUUCAAUUUGAACCUUAACUAAUAUGGAACAGAGAUACUAAAACAUACCUCCCUUCAAUCAGGCUACAAGUGACUGCAUUUUGUAAGCACCUUUGUUCCAUGUAAAUUGAAAAUCUAAGUAAAGUUUAAGAGCAAAUAUUACACAUUUUCUUUGCCUAAAUAAUGUAGAAUAUUUACUCACAAGCUGAUAAUUUAAGCAUAAAGAUGAAGCUCUAGAUACUGAUUAGCCACCUACCUCUUUGCUUAUAUGUCCAAGUGUUGAUGGAUCCUUUCACAUUUGUGUAAUUAACUUCAGUUUUCAUAACUGGGCAAAGUUCAACUGAUGGGGAGACUGUUAAAUCUCGUUUUAAUUUAUCAAUAUUUUCUUUUCUUCUUUUACCAAAUGUGCAAUGGUUGUGAGUGCCUAGACUAAAACGAUCAACUGAAGAUCUCACAUUGCGUAUUUACGUACAGGAGGCAAAUGAAAAGCAAUGUAGGACCUGCCCAAGUUGUAGGGUUUUUGUAAUACUACUGAGAACAUUGGGUUUAGAGGACUAUACUAGUUGUUCACAUAGUCUUACACUAUUCCAAUAGCAGUCACAGGGCACCCCGCUUUUACUUUUGCCACCUGAAGGGUGUAAUCACAGUGUGUUCUAUUUUGUUCAUUGACACUGGCCAAUAAAAUUUUCUGAUAUGUAAAAGAAAUGCA